AAAGAAAGGGGCGGGGCUACUAUCUCUUAGCAACGCUUGGCUCCCUGGCAGUGGUGGCGGUUGAUUCAACAUGGCGGCAGCAGCAAAGAGAAAUGUAAACUCUGGGAUAUUUUGGAUGAAUGGCGUGUCAGAUGAUGAACAGCCUUUGGUGUUUGUUCCUGGAGUAGAAAAAGAGGGCAGCACCUGUACAUCCAGCAAAAGAGGUACUAAGAUGCGAGCCAGGCAUGGCUCUGACUGCAAGAAUGAGACCACACUAAAGAAAGGUGGCAAGAAACAGGGCCACUUACAGAGGGAGCGCUCUGGGGUUUAUACCAAGGAAAAGGUGUCAGUCCAUCACAGUGCUGCUGCAGCUACAGAGCACAGCCUUUCUCCAGCCUUGGGUACUUUCCUCUCCUCGACACAGGUAAUCUCUGAGACCAGCAGAGCUAAGAGCCAGGUCUGUUUGAAGGACCUCUGUCCUGAAGAUAAGCGCCGGAUUGCAAACCUCAUCGAAGAACUCGCCAGAGUGAGCGAGGAGAAAGAAGAGUCGGUGCAGCGUCUGAAAGAUGAACAGGAAAACUUUGAGGGCAAGAUCCAGACGCUGGAGCAACAGAACCAGGUCAUAGUACAGGAGAGGGAGAGCCUGCAGCAGCAGUACAGAGAGUGCCAGGAGCUGCUGGGGCUCUACCAACAAUAUCUUUCUCAACAACAGACAAAACUUAACCAGUCCAUCGCCCAGCUCAGCCAGGCACCAGCCCAUAGCAAGGUGCUCGGCAGCGAGGAAGCCCCCAGCAGAACAUCUACUAGCAGAGCUAAUGGCUCACUCUUUGAUGGCUCAUACCUCAGCCUCGCUGCUACCCGAGCACAACAGCCUCAAGUGCACAGGAGUGGUGGUGGAGGAAGAGGAGCAACACAAACCCGUAGCAACCAUGCCCCUCUUUCCCGUGUUAGUGAGUUCAGUCCUAUUGAUGGGCCGAUCAAACAGCAUAGGACUCAGAAAAGGGAGAGCAGGGAGUCCCACCACAGACGUGAGCACUCCCAAGGCAGCGGUCAAGACAGCGGCUCUCAUCUAGAGAACGGCCACCAUGACGCCUUUAACCAGCAUGAGUGUGAAAGGCUCCACAGUGGGAGUGCUGUUAGCUCAGAGGCCAACGAAGCCCUGACCAGGCCUCUGCUGGGUCACGAGGACUGGGAGGAGAAGAGGCACCAGCUGCUGAUGCAGAAGAUGCAGUUGGAGACGGAGAGAGAGAGGCUGCAGGCACGGCUGGCUGAGCAGGAGGAGAGGCUCAACAGACAGAAUCAGCAGCUACGUCAGUCGCGCCUCGAGUACAGCAGGUUUCAAGAAGCUACUCAAUCUGAUCCCAGCAGCUCAAACACUAGAAAUGGAGAUUCACAGCCGGAGGGUCCCUCCCACCAAGAUUUACCCCCCAGUGUGUGUGAAGAUGCGGAGGUACAUCCUGCAGGACAGAGCUUGCAUCAAAAACACCCACAAACUGUACCCACUCCUCUGGAGAAUGGCAUUGAGGCCUCAGCUUGGUCCAGAAAGGACAUGGCCACAUCUCCUGCUAAGUCCCCUACAAGCCUGAGUAAGCCCACCUCAGUGUCUGUGAUCCAGAAGACCCCUGAAGCCAGGUUGGACUUUUCUCUGGUUGAGAUAUUGGAUGUCUUUAGUCCCAUCUCUGCGCCUGAGCUAAGCAAGCUGUCCACUCGAAGACCCAAAACGUCGCAACGUAGGCCGGGCCUCACUGUCCCUAAACCGGUGGGCAGAACCCUGCUAACCCCUGCUGGGUCGUAUCCUCAGAGCGGCCGGCAGGACCUGGAAGAAAGCAAAAUACUGGAGGAUAUUUUCUUCAUUUGCUGACAAAGAAGAAAAUGUGUUCAGUCUCUUGAUAUUCACCAGUUUGGUGUUGACUUUUUUUUUUCUAACACGUUUAAUUCUAAAUCAGAAUGAUCAUGAUGUUGCAGAUUGUACUCUUGUCAUGCUGUGGUUUUAAUACAAAUAAACAAAUAUUUAUUCAGAA